UCAGUUACAGUGGUAGAUUUUUCCUUUGUGUGGUGGUGGUGAAAAAACGUUUCAAAAUUGUUUCUUUUAUCAGCACUUUAAGGGGAUGAUGAUUUGCUUCGUAUUUUGAAUUGUUUGUUAUUUUUAUAAAUAAAACCAACAAUCGCACAAAUGUCUACGCAACCCACUUCCGUCCCUCGAAUGUCACCUCCAAUGAAAUAUUGGUUCAAUAUCGACAACAUUCACCAAACAGUCGGACCAAUCUUCCGAACCAUGAAAUGGCUUGGCUUUCUGCCAUUCACGCUGGACGCAUCCGCCAACGCCCUGCCGCUGCUACGGAUGAGGCCUUCCGACGCCGCACUGCUGACCGGCUGGCAACUCUACAUCGGCAGUAUGUUCUUCAGCGGGUGGAUCGAAACCGUGCAGGAGCUGCCGAUGUCGAAAAUCAUGAUUUACUUCAGCCUGCUGAUGUACGUGGUGAUGUCGGUGCUGACCAGCGUCAUCCAGCUAAGGUUGGCCCGGUCGCGGGCCAAGAUCGAGCGGCUGCUGCGGAUGAUCCGGUUCGUGGAUGAGCUGCUGGAGCAGCUCUCCCACGGCGUCGACCACAGCCGGCAGCAUUUGGGGCAGGUGGCACUCAUCGCGGCCAGUUUUCUCUCCAGCCUCGGCUUCGUGUGCGUCGAGUGGACGGUGUCCUGGUUUGCCCGCGAGCAGACCCCGGUCUGGAAGGAGUUCUUCCACCUCAGUGCCGCGAUUUUCUACUACGCGGUUCGAUUUGCCUCGCUGUGCCCGCUGGUGGUGUUCGUCGGCGGUCUGCUGGCACUCCGGGCCCGCUUCCGGAAGUUGAACGACGCCUUCCGGUUUCACUUCGACACGGCACGGCAGCUGGAACUGGACGACGAAGUUGACGUUGACGGUGCUGACCGGGACCGUCUGCGAACGAUUGCGGUGUGUCACGACGGACUCACGGAAGUGGUCGAACUUUUCUGUGACAUUUUCAACCUGCAGAUUAUUAGUGCGUGUGUUAGCUACACCAUUUUCUGCAUUUUUGCAAUGUACUCGUCGGUGGCACUGGUCACCCAGGACACAUCCGGAACGCAGUUCGUCACAAUUUUCUACAUCACAGCCUGUCUGCACCACUCGUCACAUAUCCUGCCAAUCAUGAAGUUGGGCAGUGAUGUGCGGAAUGAGGGGAAACAGUUGGCAGUUUUGGUCCAUAGAACGAUCAAUCAAUCUUCACGAGCAGUAUGUCAGCUCCGUCUGCUGUCCCGCCAGCUUCAGCAUCACUCGCCACGUGUUUCCUGUGGAAUGUUUUCUUUCGAUUGGACACUCUGCUUUUCGAUUUUCUCCGGAACGGCGACCUACACCAUGAUUAUGACCCAGUUCGAGCUGGCCGUGCCAAGGUUCUUCAUGGGUGCCCUCGUCCCCGACCAGCCAAAUGCCACAAAUCUGCUGGCUCCAGUCACGUAGCUGGUCUGA